GAUGAGCAUUUGAGUGCUGAUGCAGGGCAGCGGGGCAUUUGCCAGCGCUGGACCCUGUGCUUCAUAUAAGCAGCUGCUGGGGGGUGCACGUGGGUCUCAUGGACGGCUGCUGCAGCAGCUCCCGGUGGUGGGGAAGGCGGGGCCAUGUGGUGCGGCACGUGACGUCGUGUUCGCAAUGGCGUCAGUCGUCGUACCCCUCUAGUUGCUGGAGGCAGAGCCGAACGGCUGCAACCUGGCAUCUCCGGCUCGGCAGCACCGGUGCCAGGGGGACAAGCUAAACACAUCCUGGCAGCAGCAGCAGCCAGCAGCAGCCAGCAGCUCUGCACCCUGGGUUAACGUGGCUGGAGGCAUGUGGCUGCCCCCAGCAGAGGGGUGCGGGUGCUGCGGUGCGGCCUGGCGCGCUGACGGAUCGGAGGGGCAGCGGUGGCCGCAAGGCAUGCCAGCCGCAGGUUGGUGCGGCGUCCGCCGAGGGCGGAGCGGCGUGGAGGCGUUGCCGUACGCACAUAGUGCUGCAAGGCGUGCGGCCGGACCUGCUAGCGGUAAGCCCGUGAGGCGGCUGCUAUUUGUCAAGAAAACUGGUCGCGAGGCGGAACGUACUGUGAUUGCUGCUGUAUGUGGGUGGGUAGCCGCUUGCCAGCCCGAGGCUGUGGCCUGGGUAUGUACGGCUGUCCUGUACGAGAGGCGGCGGCUGGGGCAGGGCAGUUGACCCCCGCGGCGGUAACCACAUGCGACACGCAGCAGCUACUUAGGGCGCCGGGUAGGGCGGGGGAUGAGGCGGGGAGGUGCGGGGGUGAGAGGAAGGAAACUGACGAACUGUAUGAUGAGGCUUCACCAUGGGUUGCUAAUUGAACCCGGCCCAUCCCACACCACCCGAAUUAGUCAAGCCAAAACAACAAAUGGGCUUACCGUAAAGAUGAGACUUAUUGCAGCCAUGGGCAUCCGCGAUGGGAGACGCCGGGUAGCGUAGAUGGCGCAUCGAGGGGGGUCGGCCACGCCGACAGUCCGUAGAUACCACAACCCACGCAGCGACAGCCCGAUGACCGAGAGUGGGGUAAAAGUAAGGAAACUGACGAACUGUAUGACCGAGAACG